UCACCGGUGCGCACGGCGAACCCUCUGUUCCCAGAGUGCCACCACUAGCCGCCCCCUCCCGCGCGCUGGUUGCGCUCCACACAUCGCGGACUUCACGUCACGUCACGUCCGUACUUGAACUUGAAUGCCAUUCCAUUCUUCAGAGGCAACCCCUGCCACACACACUCACACACACACACACAUACACAUACACGCACGGGUGCCGGGUCCUCCCUGAGAGGGGCUUGUCGGACGUGAAUGCGAGACGCAACAGCACGGGUCUUCAUUAUUGAUCUGGAGAGGAGGUGCUGUCUGUCUUCACACGGACCGCAGGAGUCAGUCUGAUGCCAAGCGCACAUGGAGGACUGUGCCAAACACUCCUCUCACCCGGUGAGCCCGCCGUUCACGGAUCUUGGAUUCCCAUUACAAAAGGACUUUUGAUUGAAUUGUUUUAGGGAUUUUUAAAGACAUUUGAAUUCAAAGAGUGCUUUGGAACCGCAGGAAGAGGUUUUUACGCAUCGCUUUCUCAGGUCAUCUCCUUGUCGCUUUACAUCAUUCAAGCACGAUUUAGUCUCUUUAUAGAAGACACGUGCUAGUUUUGACCGUGAUCGCGAUUAAAUCGGCCGCGAGCGCAGUGGAGCGGUACCGGACUGUGGAGGAAAGUUUGGAGAGCAGCGGGACUUGCGCGCACAUCAGUCCGAGUGGCCGUGAGAUGCUGCUGUAAAUGCUGGGCAAUGUCCCGACGGAAGCAAGGCAACCCACAGCAUCUGUCCCUCAGCCAGAGGGAGAUCACAUCGACUACGGCCAAUCAUGAUGCAGGGGCGGGACAGUGCCCAUCAGAUGUCUCUUUAGCCAGCCCUGCGGGCGGAGCCGGAGAGAGUGACCUGCUGACCUGUGGCCAGUGUCAGACCAACUUUCCUCUGGGAGAAAUCCUAGUGUUUAUCGAACACAAGAGGAGACAAUGCCCAGGACCCAGCACGUGUUUCGACAAACCGUCCGACUGCGACGGUUCCCCGUCCCCCAGACCAUCACGAACGGAUGUCUGCCGGAGACCCGGACCGGUGGAGGUCGGGAUUCAGGUCACGCCACGAGAAGAAGAGGAGAAACGACUGACUCCUGCCAGAGGAAUCUGCCCUAAACAGGAGGGCAUCCCUACAGGAAAAGAUGAGCCCUCCAGUUACAUCUGCACCACGUGCAAGCAGCCCUUUACCAGCGCAUGGUUCCUGCUGCAGCAUGCACAGAACACCCACGGGAUACGUAUCUACUUGGACACUCACCCUACUAGCUGCUCUCUUACUCCACGCAUGGCCCUUCCUCCACCGCUGGGGGCCGAUGCCCUGCCACGUUCCCCUCUUGCCAGCUUUCUGGGUGAUGGCAGCAACCCUUUCCACCUGUUACGUAUGGCUGCACCGCUGCUACGGGAACCCCCUCAUCCCGGAUACAUGGAAACCCGCUUGCCAUCUACCCCACCCUUUGUAGGCCCUCCACCACCCCGCCAUCCUCUGGAACGGCUUGGCCCAGAUGAGAUGGGCAUCUUGUCCCAACAUCCAAUUGCUUUCGAGCGGGUGAUGCGGUUGACACCCAUGGGCAUGGAACCGUCCAUGGGAUUCUCCCAACGUCUUCGAGAAUUGGCAGGCAACAACAACAAUGGUGGUCCAACCCCCCCUCUUUCACCUAACCGUGUACCGCCCAUGCAUCGGCUUCUCAGCCCCACCCUCUUCCAGACUGGCUCCAAGCCUCCUUUCAUGACCGCACCCUCACAGCCACCAUCGGUACCGUCCAGAGGCAACUCCUCACCACCAUUAAAUCAAGCUGGCAAAGCCAAGUCCUGUGAGUUUUGCGGCAAGACCUUCAAGUUCCAAAGCAACUUGAUUGUGCACAGACGAAGCCACACUGGUGAAAGGCCCUACAAGUGUCAUCUUUGUGACCAUGCGUGUUCACAGGCCAGCAAGCUAAAGCGCCACAUGAAAACCCACAUGCACAAGUCAGGCUCCAUGGGGAGUUCACCUGAGCAGGGAACACAAGACUCGGCUGGAGAAGGGCGUAAAACCAAUGAGGAAAAUGGAACAAGGGAUGGACUGGAUAAUGAUGAGGAGGAAGAAGAAGAGGAGGAGGAAGAGGGGGAGGAGGAAGAAGAGGAAGAACAUCAAAAUGGAAGCAGGCCUGAUUCCAAUGUGAGUAUGGAUUCGGAGUCAAGCAGAAACAGAGAAAAUGGCCAAAGACCCUCUCCCGAGGAAAAGCCUAUGGCCACUGACAGAGUGGCAGAAAGCCAAUACAACAACCUCGACAAUCACUUGAGACUUCCACCAGGUGCUCACAAAGAGACAGACAGAGAUUCGGCAGGCAGGAUAGAGAUGGAUAGAGACAGACGGCCAAUGGUGAAUGGCAGAGGCUGUGGCCCGGAGGAUCCCUUUUCAGCAUUAUUCCAUCGAAAACCCAUGCCUAUUUCAAGCCCAAGCCUUUCUGGAUCCUCCGCCAAAAGGAUCAAGGUGGAGAAGGACAUGGAGGUGCAUCAGGUGCCCGUCAUCUCCCCUGAAAACGUGUACUCUCACUUGCUGGCUGGUUACGCCGCCUCUCGCCACUUCAUCAGGGAGCCCAUCCUAUUUAACGACUCCAGGCAGUCACCUUUCGGAACUUCAUCCGAGCAUUCCUCGUCUGAGACGGGCAGCCUGCGCUUCUCCACCCCACCGGGAGAAAUUCUGGAGGGGGGCGGGAUGUCUGGAAGAAGCGGCAGCAGUACGCCCCACCUCCAUAUGCGGGGUCCAGGCCCCGGGAGACCGCCCAGCUCCAAAGAGAGCCGACGGAGUGACACCUGUGAAUACUGUGGUAAGGUGUUCAAGAACUGCAGCAAUCUAACGGUGCACCGGCGCAGCCACACGGGCGAGAGGCCUUACAAGUGUGACCUGUGCAGCUAUGCUUGUGCCCAGAGCAGCAAGCUCACCAGACACAUGAAGACCCACGGACAGUUCGGCAAAGAGGUGUACCGCUGUGAUAUUUGCCACAUGCCCUUCAGCGUGUACAGCACCCUGGAGAAACACAUGAAGAAGUGGCAUGGAGAGCAUUUGCUGACCAGUGAGGUCAAACUAGAGCAGGCGGACAGAGCUUGAGACCACUACCGAUGCACUGCAUUAUGGGUAUAGCUGGAUAGUUUUUUUCUUGACUAGAUUUUUUUGUUCGUUUUUGGAGUGUUUGAUGUUUUGUUUUGAAAUAAAAACAAAAUGCCACCUGAGAAACAAGAAGCCAGGGAAAUGUUAGUCUUCUUGCGUUUCCUAGCAGCUAACAGAGGAGUAGUCCAUUAAGAAUUCAUGGAGCCUUUCUACUGUGCAAUAAUUUCUGUAUUUAUUGGAUUAUUUGUAAUAAUACAUGGCAUGUGCAGGUACAUUAUCGAUGGGUUUCUAAUGCAUUCAGUUCCUGAAAUUAUAUUUCUACGCCCCAUCUUAUGACAUGACGAAUACUGAGAUUUUGGCAUUCAGCCAAUUUUGUGUUUUAACUAUAGUUUCCUCAAAGGAAACAAUGGGUAAUUUCUAAAGAGGUCAACCUCUAAAAUUCUGAGAACGUUUUCAUGUUGCUGUCGACGGCCCCACUGAUCUUGGGGGAUAUACAAAAGAUAGAUGUAAAGCACUGAAUGUCACUUUGACAAUAAAAUAUGAAAAACAUAGGGGCCAAACACCUAGGGAUGUUUCAAGGCAGCUGACAGGCAGUUUGACUGCAUUUGAAAGUUAUCAGUCUAAAAUGAAUAUGUUCAUCAACCAAGACGUUCUAACAACAAAAUUCCCUCAAUAUUCCCAGAGUUCCUGUGUAUAAACUGUGUUAUGGCACCAGUGUCGAAUUCCUGGCAUAUAUUUUCUCAAAAGUUUUUUUUUUAUGUUUACAUUUCCUAAUAUUAAAGGGAUAGUUCACCAAAAAAUGAAAACUCAAGUUGUUCCAAACCUUUAUGGAUGUAUUUGUAUGUUUUGGUUCUGGUGAACACAAAUAAAGCAAUAUUGAAAAAAAAUCCUAAUAACCAAAUAGAUAUGGGGCACCAUUCACUUCCAUAGUAUUGUUUUUUUUCAUCUAUGGAAGUCAAUGGUGCCCCAGAUCUGUUCUUCAAAAUAUCUUCAUUUGUGUUCAGCAGAACAAAGAAAUUUAUAAAGAUUUGGAACAACUUGAGAGCGAGUAAAGGAUGACAAAAUGUAUACUUUUCAGUGAACUAUCCCUUUAACCUUCCCCCAUCUCUUAUUUCAAUUCCAAUGCUUCCCAAACCUGGUAUGAGGUAACAUUCCUUGAUUUGGUAAUGGUAUUAGUGUUUAUUGUGAAUUCUUGCCUAAAUCAAACUAGAUUUUGUUUUUGACAUAUUUAAUAUGUUUUUCAGUAUGGAUGAUAAGUUUUCACUCAGUUUUGAGCGGGCUAAAUGCUGUGUUGCUAUUAGAUUAUUAUUCCUAAAUUACCUUGAGAGAGUGUAAGAGAGAGAGAUCAUUAAUUUGUGACUUGUAGCUCAAUUCUAUGCACCAUGUGCGUUGUUAAAACUGCAAUCAUCGAUUUGUGUCGUGACUCUCUGGGAGCUCAGCCUCUUCUCUAAAAGAUCCUGGGAUUAAAUGAUUUCCUCAUUACGGCCUCUGUUCCUACACACAGAGUCGCCUCCACCUGCCUCCAUUCAUACGGUACACCAUCAGCUCAAAUUUACAAGGCAGCCCUCGCCUACGCCCCACACACACACACCGCAGUUCAUUUUCUGCAUACACGCCUGCAGUUCAUAAUAAUUUCUAUUUUUUUGUGAAAGCAUUUCUCUCUGAAUAGAGCGUUUAAUUGGAGCUAAGGCUGCACAUGAUGCCCACUUAGUAUCAAUUAGCAGAGUUAAACCGAAAUGUACAGCACAAGAAUAUUUUUUUUAAAUAUGGAUGUGUCAUUUAUUGUCACGUACUUCGCACACUGGCAAAGAAAGUGGGCAUAACUUGAGAGAAAAAUGAGAAGAUGUAUUUAAGUGAGACACAUUGAACCAGACAGCAUAGACGUGCCUCAAACUGAUGUUCAGCCUUUAUCUUCCGACAGAGUUGAAAUUCACGACCCAACAGUAUCAUUUAUUUUCAUUAAGAGGAAUCAGGAGGAAUAUUCGCUUAGGAAAUGCAAAAGUGUUUGGUUUGUAAAAGGGAAAGUCUUAACGCACAGAUGGGUUUGAAACAAGACUAAGCCAUUACUUUACCGACCUGUUUCGAGAAUGAUUGACAGUGCAGGUGAUACAAUUGAAUUGGAAAAAAUAAACUAUGACACUGUCUUUAAAUGAUGUUUACAGUGUUGAAGUAUAAUAAUACUGAGCUCUUCUGUAUAUGUGUUUUAAAUGAGACCGAAAUGUUUUGUCCUCUGUUUUUCUACAAUUUUGAAUAUCAUAGCAGGGUUUUCUCUCGUUUGGUUUCUUUUACUUUCCGGGUGCCGGUAUUUCCGUAAAUUUCUAUGGAUAUAUGCGCGUGUACGUUUUGUUCAUUGUUAAAUACUCAAUGUAUUUGUAAUUUUAGUGGCAUUUUAUGAAAUGAUGCAAAAAAUCUUUAUAUUUUGCAGUCCAUUAUGAAAUUGUGAGUCUAUUCAAAUGUUUUGUCACUCUAUCUGUUCAUAAUUUUGGUAAUUCCAUCCACAGGAGGAUGUAAAAAAAUGAAAUAAAAAUGAUGAAAAGAAAGA